AUGCCUCAAACGUCUGUAUAUCUUGCCAAAUUCAGCUCAGGCCCCUCCAAACGCUCCCAUUUCGGAAUCUUCUUUCCCAACCCCGAUUGUGAUCGCGCAGACCUAGCUAAUGACUUCAGAUCUCAAGCCACUGUGGGGAGCCAGAUUCAUGUCGUCGGCGAGCCUCUCAUGACGGGUUACAUGCUUGAGAUGAAGCGGCACUUCGAUGUCCAGAAUGAUCGAGAACUCAGAGCAUUAAUUCGUCUUGGAACCAUCGACAGUACAAACCUGUAUAGAGACAAUUCUUUGGACACUAUGAUCAGGGACCAUGUACCCAAGAGUAUUGUAGAGCGCCUGGCUGAUUCUGUUCCUCCGCCUCCACGAGGACAGAAUGUGCGUACACCGAUCGACGGGGCCAACACGAAACGGUGCCAGGAAUGGACCAUGGAAUUUUUGACACUCCUUACUCAGAAAGGUUUGAUUUCUGCAGAAGCCGUGAGGAUUGCCCAGGGUGAGAGAGAUUCACCUACUCACGGGAUCUUCGGAUACAAAGCUUGA